AUGAAUCAAAUAAGUGACAGAGGAAUGCCUUCAAGCGCUCCGAUAUUUCACUGUCAGUUCAGAGGCUGUAAGAAAUGGUUUAAACAUAAGAAGUAUUAUGAUAUUCACAGCAAAAGCCAUUCCUCUGAUCCUAAGACCAAAUGUUUGUCAAAAGACUGUGAUUUCGUGUCAAGCGAUAGGAAUGAACUGAUCGGACAUAUGAUUAGCUGUCAUUCAGUAUUUCCCUUUGUUUGUGGUCUCACUUCUUGUAGACAAUUGUUUACCACUAAAGAUGAACUCGAAAUACACACGAAAACACACCCAAUCAGUGGUAAUGAAAGUCAUUCAUCGCGAGAACAAUUGAAAUGUUCAGUAAAUGGCUGUGACUUCGAGUGUGUAUUGCAGUCAACACUUGAUGAACAUAUGAACAAUCAUAACGGCGCCCAACCCUAUCAGUGCACUCGUGAGGGUUGUGUCCAACGAUUUAACAGCAAUUACAGACUUUGGGAUCACAUGCGUAAUGAUCACAGAAUUUGUGCCAAAGUUGGCGUAAACACGAAAACUGUGCCCAAAUUUAUUUGCCUUUUGAAAGACUGUGAGAAACGAUUUGAGACGAAAGAGUUGUUUAUAACUCACGUCAAUAGCCAUUCCUCAGCAAACUUUGGCUCUAAAUGUUUGUCAAAAGACUGCAUUUUUAUGACAACCAAUAGGAAUGACCUGAUCGGACACAUGAUUGCCACACAUUCAAUGAGUCCAUUUCUUUGUGGUUUUACUUUUUGCGGACAACUGUUUGCCACUAAAGAUGAACUCGAAAUACACGCGAAGACACACCGAAUGAUCAUUGAACGCGAGAACAAUUGA